AGGAAGGCCCCGCCUCUCCCGUUCGGAGUCCUAGAGGUGCGGCUCUGCGCCCACGCUUCUGCUUGGGUCAAAGGUCACCUCACUCCUCUUUCCUCCCCCCCACCCCCAAGUCCGAGGUCACGACCCGGGUUGGGGAUGCCCUGGGCUGCCCCUGGGGGCCCGGGCCCCGGCCCGGGCCCAAGGGUGUCGGCCGGGGUUGCCUUCGCGGGGCAGCCGCCACCGAAGCCAGCACGCCCAGGGCACCUUUUGCUGGAGGGGCCAGGCAGGAGGUGCUUUGAGAUCCUGCACCUCCUUAGGCUGCGGAGGACUUCCCAGGGCUUCGUGCACGGGAGCCUGUUAAGACCCUGGGAGAUACUGAAGAUGCUAGUGAAACUGACCUGGCAAAGCACGAUGAGGAAGAUUAUGUCGAAAUGAAGGAACAGAUGUAUCAGGACAAACUGGCAUCUCUCAAGAGGCAAUUGCAACAACUGCAGGAAGGUACAUUACAGGAAUAUCAGAAAAGGAUGAAAAAACUGGACCAGCAGUACAAAGAAAGGAUACGAAAUGCAGAACUCUUCCUUCAGCUGGAAACAGAACAGGUGGAGAGGAAUUACAUUAAGGAGAAGAAGGCCGCUGUGAAGGAAUUUGAGGAUAAGAAGGUGGAGCUAAAGGAGAACCUGAUUGCUGAACUUGAGGAGAAGAAGAAAAUGAUUGAAAAUGAGAAGCUGACUAUGGAGCUGACGGGAGAUUCCAUGGAGGUGAAGCCCAUCAUGACCAGGAAAUUGAGGAGGAGGCCAAAUGAUCCAGUUCCAAUCCCUGACAAGAGAAGGAAACCUGCCCCUGCCCAGCUGAACUAUUUGUUAACAGAUGAACAAAUCAUGGAGGACCUCAGGACGUUAAAUAAGCUUAAAUCACCCAAGAGACCAGCAUCUCCCUCUUCUCCGGAGCAUCUCCCUUCCACGCCUGCAGAGUCUCCUGCCCAACGGUUCGAAGCUCGGAUAGAAGAUGGUAAACUCUACUAUGACAAAAGAUGGUACCACAAGAGCCAAGCUAUCUAUCUGGAGUCAAAAGAGAACACCAAGAUCAGCUGUGUGAUCAGCUCUGUUGGCGCCAAUGAGAUCUGGGUACGGAAGACAAGCGACAGCACGAAGAUGAGGAUCUACUUGGGGCAGCUUCAGCGAGGGCUCUUUGUGAUCCGCCGGCGCUCAGCUGCGUGACACCCUCUCCUUCCCCGCUGCGGCUUUUCCUCGAGCGGCUUUUGGUUUGGGUUUUUGAGAGAAAUUAAAUUUACAGGGAAUACUAGUGACUCCGCCUUGGAAACGGACAACACUGUGUUAUGGAUCCUAUAACCACUUUUGUGGCUGGCCACAUACUCCUUGGAUUAGUUCUUGGCCCUCCCAUGCAACCAGCCCCUCGAUUUCUUCCAUACUUCACCUUGAGACUGUUACAUUUAGGCGAGAGAGCAAGAGCGUGCAAGUGAGCUUGUGCGUGCACAGCUGUGCAUUUGUGUUUUGGUUAAUGAAAAAUGAUCUUACUCAUCUGAUGUCUUCAUGUCUUUAUACUCUUAAAAGUGGAGGACAGUGUGGGGGCUGCAGUAUUUGCGUUUUCUCAUAGUUUAGUGUUUUGAAUAUGAUCAGUGCAAGUCACAUAGCCUUGUCCCAGGUCAAGAGCUAGAUUUACUAUUUCUCCAGCAGCCUCAGGGCAGAGGUUUGAGCAGAAGGAGAUUAAUUCUUCUGGUUCUCAGAUGCCCCUGUGGAAUACUUUCUGUAACAUCUGGCACAUGCCAACAGUUCCACCAGAUGAGCUACUAAAAGAUUUGCCCAGGAUUCCAGGUGUACUGGAAGAAAUGGGGAGAAGAUUAAGAUUUCAUAACAUAGUAAUGUUAUCAUCGUUUGAAUAAUAUUCAAUGGAUAUAGUUUAUUCAGGCACCCUUGGUUAAAUCCCAAGGCAUUUGCAAACUUUUUUUUUUAAUAUUUGGACAAAAAAAACCCCAACGUCCUUUUGAGAGGAUUGUGUCUUGUUAGUGUAUUUCUUUUCCUAACUCCAAAUAGAUGGAGGGGCACAAACUGCAGUCUUAAGUUAAUUGAGUUGUCUGCAAGUAGUAGAAAGUAAAGGAGACUAAUAGCAAUGGUAUAAUCACUGCGAGGUGCCUCCCACACAAAAUUCAGGAUUAUUCUUGCUGAUUCAGUUUGCAGCUCAUUGACCAUUUUGGAACAGCUACUGUUAGAGACUUUUUUGGGGGAUGGUGCUCCUAGAUUCCCACAGGAUUGGCACAAGCUGAAAUGGAAUCAUUAUGCCUUGACUGUUGGUGAACUUGACACUAGAGCAAAUGGAAUCCAGAUGCCACUCUGUACUUUAUGCUCCCCAUCACUCUCCACUCCCUCCUCUCCAUCCUCUCCUCCCCCCUCCCCUUUUGAUAACUGGAGAAAUGACUCAAUAGUUAAUAGUAUUUUCUACAAUAGUGAUGUCAUUUUGAAAUGUUUGUAGUGACCUUGACAUUAGGACCUCAGAGGCAAUUAGCAGCAGGAAUCACGUGUCCUACUCAAUCUGUUUGUUGUAAAUGGUUUCAUUUACCCUGAGAAAUUCUUGUUAACCUCAUAUCUCUUGAUAUGCUACCUAAAUGACUUAAGGAUUAGAACUAGCAUAAUUACUCUCAUUAGGGUGUUACAACAGAAACCAAGGAUACCUGUUUUGGAGUGAGUAUUUAUAAAGCUUUAUUUUCAAUAUGAUUUUAAGCUCAUUUUCUCUUAAUUUUCCUUGUUUCCAGAAAAAAGAUAAUGAGGCUAUUUUUUUUUUAAAGUUGUUUGGGUGUUUAAAAAUUUUUUUUUUCUCUUUCCUGGUACUGAUCGUGUCAUGUAUUACAAUCAAGCAUUAGCCAGAUUAGCUUUCAUUCAUGCAUCUCUCUUUGACUUGUAGAUCCUCCAGGCCAGAAUUGUAGCACAGACUGUUCUUUGUCACUUUGUGGCUGUCAGGAACUUCUCACACUUGAAUUUUCAGCAUUAGCAAUGCCACUUGGAUCUCAUGGAAAAAUUGGUUACUGCCCCCCCAAUAAGUAACAUACCAUGCAUGGUUGAACCUUUUGGUUAUCCUUGGGUGUGGGCAUACUCAUUGUGUUACAUUCUUACAAACAGGCUCUUGGUAGUUUGAACAAGCAGGCAUUUUUCCUGCUCAUCAACAACCCGCCGUAGCAAAUCUCAUGAAAUCCAGAAUACCAAAGUUUGUUUUUCUCAGAGACAAUUGUCCCUGAUCUCAUUCACUGCCCUCGGCAGCAUAGAGAGCUGCCUUUUCUUUUUCUUCCAUCAGGGGGUGUGUCUGUGCUUUUGUAACAUGACCAAUUAAAAAAAAACAAGUCAUGCUUUGAGAAGUUGUAUAUGCUCUCUUCCUUUUGUAACUUUGAAAAAACCAUUGAGGCCAAUAAUAACCCACUGUCUCCAUCAUCACUUUUUUAUGCUCCCUGAGCACCGUAAUGUCCCAUAAUAGUUAUUUUAUGACUCUUAAGCUCACCUUGAUGACGAUCUAAUAACUUUAAAGUGGGCUUUUGGAACACAGUGUACUAACUUGUCUCCCUUGCCUCCAGAAAGUUCAACUUGUAUUUAAUUUAAAAGUCUGAGAUUGUUAACCAAGGAAUUUUCUAAUAAGACUUCAGUUGUUCUUUCUGGUGGUCUAUAAGAUAUCUGGAUGUGAGAAUUUCCCUCUCAAAAGAUGGAAAUCAUUCUGAGAUUGGAAAAUGUGUCGAAGAGGAAAGACAGAUUGGCUUUGGGAGAGAGUCGAAGUAUAAGAGGAGGGGAGGCUUCCAUGAAGACCCAUUUGCCUUGAUCAGGCCUUCAACUCCAGACAGCAAUCACUUGGAAAGAUCUAGGAUUAUGAAAUAUCUAGCCCCUAGAUCUCCAGGUUAACUCCUAAGUUAAAAGUAUUUCCUUCAGAUAGCUGGCUUCUUUAGCACUUGGCACUUUCAAAAAGGUCAGUCCAAAUAAUUCUGUUUUAUAGACUGUGAGUAUGUAUGUGUGUUCUUGUCAGGCAUACCUGCCUGCAAUAUUGUAAAUAGUUCCCUGCUGCGGUCCUGCCCCUAUUCCUACUGCGCCCCUGCGUUAGGUCCUUUGAAGUGCCGGUGUCUUUUUUGAAAAAAAAAUUUCAGAUAGCUUUUUGUAGCUGUACCAAAGCCAGGAUGUUUUGGGUAGAUUUGUGGCAUUUUUGGUAUCUUUAUUUGUGAAAUGUCUACCAAAUAAGUAGCUGUAAUUUUUUUGUUGCCUUAGACUGAGACAAAGUUGAAAUCUCAGUGGCUCAUGUGCAAAUCACGUCAUAUAUGCCAUUCGAUGGGUUUCAUUUUUUGGGUUGUGUUUGUGGUUUGAUCUUUGUGAAAUGCCAUUUGGAACCCGUGGUAGCCUGUGGCUUUCCAUCUUUGAAGAGUUUUGAGGAGUGGGUGGGAAAGGGGAAACCCUUGCUUUUAAAAGGAAGUGGCUCUAACUAGGAAGAAGUCACUUUUAAUUGAACCCUAACGAAGAAAGCUAAGUUUUCUUAUUGUAAUAUUUCCCUAGUCCUUGAUUUCUUACCAGUUUUGUCAAUUAAAAAAAAUAAAAGAUAACCCUGCUCAUUUAUUUCUUGGGUCUGGGAAUCUCACUGCAAUGGCUGCUUUUUUGCCAACUUGCCAAAAGUUCAAACCAUUGCAACAGACCAGAAAUGACACGCAAAAUUGUUUGCUACAGUUCUGACAAACGUCGUAGACAUUUUAUAUAAAAAUCAUUAACUGGUGACAUCAAUUGUUCUUUAAAAGAUGAAUGUAAAUGUAAAACUUUUUUGUUUUCUUUUUUCCCCAACAAUAAAUGUUCAAAGAAGACUAA